AUGUACAGAACGCAUCUCAAAGAAAUCCUCCCGCUCAGCGACGUGCACCACCUGCACGUGUUCGCGGGCGCGGUCGUGAGCGUGGAGGUGAUUUGGCACUCGUUCUGGCACUUCGCGAGGUGGGCGUCCGGCGGCGACGCGCGAUUUCUCGUCGACACGCAAACCGGCGUCACCGGCGUGAUCGCGCUCCUCGUCACGCCGCUCAUCUGUUAUCCGAUGAUGUUUCACCGAGCGCGUCGCGCCAUCUCUUUCGAAUACCGGAAGGCGAUGCACUACCUCGCGGUCGUCUGGGGCGUGUGCGUCAUGUUGCACGCGCCCGCGACGAACGUGUUGUGGGUGAUGGGCUCCGCGGUGGGAUUGUAUGUCGCCGACUGGGCGGUGGGGUACUUUCUCAAGGUGCGGUACUGCCCGACAAUGACGAUGAUACGUCUCGGACCGAAAGCGGUGGAGAUCGUCUUCGAGAACCCCCGGGGAUUUCUGCCGAACCUCAGCGGCGGCGGGUACGUGUACCUGUGCUUGCCUUGGAUCGGGUCGUUCCAGUGGCACGCGUUCUCGGUGUACGAGCAUCCGACGCUGAAAAAUCACAGCUCGGUGUGCGUCUUGAAAGCGGGCGACUGGACGACGGCGCUGCACGCGGCGCUGACGAAACCGUCAAACAAACCGGGGUGGGUCUACGGCCCGUUUCCUUCGCCAUUUUUGACCGCCUCGAACCACGAGAACAUCAUCGCGGUGGCGAGCGGCAUCGGCAUCACGCCCACGCUCGGAACCGUCGUCUCGCUCGGAGGGACGCGUCGGGUCAACGUGGUGUGGACGUGCAGAGACGCGGAAUUGAUCGAGUACGCCCUGCGCACGGUGGCGUUUUCCAAGGAGGCGUUCACCGUCAUCUACUACACGGGCGAGCACGAGCUCUUGCUGGACGAGGGUCCGUUCAGAGAGAACCACAACUUGCUUGUCAUCGCGGGACGACCGAACUUGGAAAAGAUCAUCCUCGAGAUCAUGCGAAGCGUUGAGACGAAAAAGCCGCUGUCGGUGCACACGCUCGAGGCGGCGAACCAGAUGUACGUGAAAACGUUCACGCGCGACGGCGGCGAGCGACUCGAGGUGCUGCUUAAACGCAUCCGACUCUCCUACAGCGCGAGCGAACUCUUCGAGUUGGCGAGGGCGGCGUCGCUCGAGGCUGAGAUCGAGGCUCGAGACGCCGAGGCCGAGGCUCGGUCGUCAUCUCUCGAUCAUCCCGCGAGUCUGCAGGCGGCGGCACCUAGGCCUCGGUUGAGAACGACGUCCGCCACCAUCUCAGGGUUGAUUCAACAGUGCAUUGUCGGCAUCACCCUGCGGGGGCUCGACAAGUUCAUCAGAGACGCGCAGCGCGGCGCCGGCCUCGGACGCCCGGGCCACGGCGGCGUUGACGUUCGCUCGUACGGAACGACCCUGAAGAUGGUGUUCGAGCAACACGACGCCAACUCGAGCGGAGAGCUCGACGAAUCGCAGUUCGCGCGAGUGCUCUCGACGCUCAGCUCGAGCGGCGAGGCGGACGUGGAGGCGAGUCGCGAGCGCGGCGGCGGGGGGCACAGAGCGCCGGUGUAUCGGAGAGCGCUCGUGCGCGCCGCCGCCUCUCUCGAGAGCAUUUUGACGGCAAAGUACGAGGGGCCGAAUUUCGAGAAUUUUCAGGCGCGUUCGUUCUCCUCGCGCCGGUCCCCGCACGACCCCGUCCGCGCGAUUUUGUACUGCGGCGGCGCCGCGACCGUGGUGAGGAUGUUGAGGGCCAUGCGGAAGACCACGGGCGUGGACGUGCAGAUCGAAUCUUUCGAGUGGUGA